AUGCAGCCUCCACAUGAGAACUGGACCUUUGUACAAGAGUUUGUCAUGAUGGGCUUCACAGGCAUCAAGGAGGGACACUUGCCUCUUUUUGGCUUCUUCCUGGUCAUGUACUUGCUGACCCUGACAGAAAAUAGCAUCCUGGUCCUAGUGGUGGCGAGGGAAAGGCGCUUGCACACGCCCAUGUACUUCUUUCUCAUCCACCUUUCAUGCUUGGACAUCUGGUACACCUCACUCACUGUGCCCAACAUGCUGGUGGGCUUUGGAUCCCCUGGUAGUAGGAUUAUCUCCUAUUCUGCCUGCCUGACCCAACUUUACCUCUUCACUUUCUUGGGCAGCACUGAGUGCUUCUUGCUAGCAGCCAUGGCCUAUGACCGCUACGUGGCUAUCUGUGUGCCGCUGCGUUACCAAGAGAUGGUAGGUCGAGAUACUUGCCUGCUUCUGGCAGCUGGUUCAUGGCUGACGGGGUUCCUCACUCCUGUGUUGCCCAUCUGCUUCAUGUCCCAGUUGACUUUUUGUGGUCCCAAUGUCAUAGACCACUUCUUCUGUGAUGUUUCCCCUCUCCUUGUUCUCUCACGCACUGACGUUUCCCUGAAGGAGACAGUUGACUUCCUGGUCUCCCUGGUUGUGCUCCUGGUUUCCUCCUUUGUCAUCGUAGUGUCAUAUGUUCGCAUUAUCACCACAGUGCUGAAGAUCCACUCCUUAGGAGGGCGCCGCUGUGCCUUUUCAACCUGUACUGCCCACUUGACAGUGGUGUCUAUCUUCUAUGGGACACUUUUCUUCAUGUAUGUCUGUACUAAGGUAGCCUCUUCUGUCAACCUCAACAAGGUGGUGUCAGUUUUUUAUGCAAUAGUGACCUCUGUGCUCAACCCCCUCAUCUACAGCCUUCGGAAUUCAGAAGUGAAGGGGGCCUUAUAUAGAGUUAUUUCCAAGAGAAAGUAG